AUGCCCAACAGCAGCUCUGUGAGUGAGUUCCUCCUGCUGGCAUUUGCAGACACACGCGAGCUGCAGCUCCUGCACUUCAGGCUCUUCCUGGGCAUCUACCUGGCUGCCCUCCUGGGCAACGGCCUCAUCCUCACCGCCGUAGCCUGCGACCACCAUCUCCACACCCCCAUGUACUUCUUCCUCCUCAACCUCGCCCUCCUUGACCUGGGCUGCAUCUCCACCACUCUCCCCAAAGCCAUGGCCAAUGCCCUCUGGGACACAAGGGCCAUCUCAUAUGAAGGGUGUGCUGUGCAAGUUCUCUUUUUCAUCUUCUUCUUUGGUUCAGAGUAUUCAGUUCUCACCAUUAUGGCCUACGACCGCUACGUUGCCAUCUGCAAGCCCCUGCACUACGGGAGCGUCCUGGACAGCAGAGCUUGUGCCAAGAUGGCAGCAGCUGCCUGGGGCAGUGGCUUUCUCCAUGCUGUCCUGCACACGGCCAAUACAUUUUCCCUGCCCCUCUGCCAAGGCAAUGCUGUGGACCAGUUCUUCUGUGAAAUCCCCCACAUCCUCAAGCUCUCCUGCUCAGAUGCCUACCUCAGGGAAGUUGGGGCACUUGUGUGUAGUGUUUCUUUAGCCUUUGGUUGUUUUGUUUUCAUUGUGCUGUCCUAUGUGGAGAUCUUCAGGGCUGUGCUGAGGAUGCCCUCUGAGCAGGGCUGGUACAAAGCCUUUUCCACUUGCCUCCCUCACCUGGUCGUGGUCUCCCUGUUUCUCAGCACUGGCAUGUUUGCCUACCUGAAGCCACACUCCAUCUCUUCCCCCUCCCUGGACCUGGUGGUGGCAGUUCUGUACUCGGUGUUGCCUCCGGCAGUAAACCCCCUCAUUUACAGCAUGAGGAACCAGGAGCUCAAGGAUGCAGUGAGGAAACUCUUUGGAUACAUGCUUCAAGCAAGUUCUCCUAUGCUGUCCCACACUUUGCCCUAUUUCCUUGAAGACUACAGACACCCGUCUCUGUUCACCACCUUGCUCUCAUCCCAGCAUCUCCAUCAUUUCACCAAUGUCUCAUGA